AUGGUCAGCUCGCUUCGCGAGAAGAGAGGCUCAUUGGCCGCAAGCCAGAUCGAACCCGUUUCCCACGAUCCGCCUGUCGCAGACGUCGAAAAGGCAGCGGCUGGCCAAAUUACACAAACUGCUCUCGGAGGAACUUCGUCAGAUACAGGCAAUGAGACCGACUCUUCAGGCCGUCUAGAGCGCUGGAAUGGCUCGCGAAAUAACACAGCCCGCUUCUUGGUUGUCAACUUGGCCCUCUUUAUCAUGGGCAUGAACGAUGCCUGUAUAGGUGCACUUCUUCCAUACAUUGAACCAUACUACAAUGUCAACUACACCCAAGUAUCGACUCUCUUCGCCGUCCCUUUCGUCGGCUACGUCGCCGCCGCCCUCUCCAACAACUGGAUUCACUACAAAUUUGGUCAGCGCGGCGUGGCCUUCAUCGGACCCAUCUGUCGCGUCAUCGGCUACCUGCCUAUGGCGCUGCACCCGCCGUUCCCCGUCCUGCCCGUCGCCCUCCUCGUAGCCGGCUACGGCAACGGAAUCGAGGACAGCGGCUACAACGCCUGGGUCGGCAAUAUGCACCAGGCCAACGAGCUCCUCGGUCUGGUCCACGGCGCAUACGGCCUUAGCGCCACUAUUAGCCCCCUCAUCGCGUCUGCCAUGGUGACCAAGGGUCAUCUGCAAUGGUACACGUUCUACUACGUCAUGAUAGGGAUGGUUUGCUGCGAGUUUGUUGCCGGCAUGAUAGCAUUUGCACCCCAUGACGGAGCGUCAUAUCGUAGGAAGCUAGCGUACGACGACGAGGGCAAGGAGCGCAUCACCACGCGCCACGUUCUCAAGCAGCCGCUGACUUGGGUCGUGGCUGUUUUCCUGCUCGGUUACGUCGGCGUUGAAGUUAGUCUCGGAGGCUGGAUCCCUACAUUUAUGAUCAAGGUCCGCCAUGCCGAGCCCUUCCUGGCUGGUCUGUCGGUAACCAUGUUCUGGCUGGGCCUGACGCUUGGCCGUGUUAUUUUGGGGUUCGUCACUGGCCGCGUUGGCGAGAAGCUGGCCAUCACUGUGUAUAUUCUCCUCAGCGUUGGCUUGCAGUUACUCUACUGGCUUGUGCCCAACUUUGCCGCAUCACUCGUCUUUAUCAUCCUCCUGGGUUUCUUCCUUGGCCCUCUCUUCCCAGCCGCCAUUGUCACGGCCACCAAGCUACUCCCACCAGAGUACCAUGUCAGUGCGAUUGGAUUCGCAGGCGGCUUUGGCGGUGGCGGUGCAGCCAUUAUACCGUUUGGCGUCGGCGCCAUUGCGCAAAGCAAAGGUGUUGCUGUGCUGCAGCCCAUUGUCUUGGCCUUUCUCAUCUUUGAUCUUGUUGGCUGGCUGAUCAUGCCUGGAGGCUUCAAGAGAGGCGGACUGGAGAGAGCACGCCAGGAGAAGACACCUGUGGGUGGUGAUUUCGUAAAGGCCGGCAAGUGGGUAGCAGCAAAGGCACGAAGAGACUAA